UUGCGUUUAGUUAUUCGAAAAGCUGGUUGUAAGACAAGUAUACGGUAGUGUUCAUUUAUUUUGAUUUAUCGUAACUAAAAUAUUUUGUGUUUCCACAUCAGUUUUCAAUAGCUUGCCAUCAGUUGGUUCACGCGGUUCGAAAGUGCUAGUGUCAUAUCGAUUUAGGUGCAGUUAUCAGUUGAAGGUAACUUCACAUCUGCUGCAUCUGAAAACUAGUGUCGUGUCAAUUGAAAUUUGUGUUUUGAGAGCAUAUAACAGCAAUUAGUGUUAUGGAUCAUCGACUGAUUAGCGUUAUCAAGCUCGGCUUCGGGUUCAUGUUUUUGUUUACCGCCUUUCAAACGAUGGGUAACAUAGAGCAAACGGUCAUCAAUAGUAUCAAGCAUGACGAUCGUACAUAUGAAGGAGACGGAUACACUAGUUUGGCGGUUAUUUAUGCAACACUGUCGAUAUCAAACUGGCUGACUCCACCAGUGAUAUUAAAAAUCGGAGAAAAAAUCGCAAUGCUUUUAGGAGCAGUAACCUAUUGUUUCUUCAUUCUAACGUUUAUUUGGCCGGUUACAUGGUUACUUUACGCUGCCAGCGCUAUAGUUGGAUCGGGAGCUGCAUUUAUUUGGACUGGACAAGGAAUGUACCUUUCAAAAUGCAGCGAUGACACAACAAUUUCUAGAAACUCUGGAAUCUUUUGGGCUUUGCUACAAAUGAGCAUGUUUUUUGGAAACUUAUUGGUGUUCUUCUUGUUCCAAGGAAAGUCUCACAUUGACGGUGAAACGAGAAGUCUGGUUUUUUUGAUUUUGACUGGUGUUGCCGUCAUUGGAAUCGGAAUUUUAUGCUCUUUGAAGCCUUCUGAUUCUUCUUCAAAACCAAUGGACGAGGAAAUACCGGAAAUUCAAUAUAGUUUUAGACAAGCUUUCAAUAGUGCAGUAAAUCUCUUUAUGACAAAACGGAUGCUUAUGUUGAGUGUUUCCUUUGUGUACACAGGAUUGGCAUUAUCUUUCUUCAGUGGAGUUUAUGGAGCCAGUAUUGGAUUUACUAGUGCAAUUGGAAAGCAGGCUAAACAGCUCGUUGGCCUCAAUGGUGUUUUUUUAGGGAUAGGAGAGGUACUAGGUGGAGUACUGUUCGGUUUACUGGGAAAACGAACGUCGAAAUGGGGCCGUGAUCCAAUAAUUGCCGCUGGGUUCAUAAUACAUAUGGUUUGCUUCCUACUUAUUUUGAUGAACAUUCCAGAUAUUGCACCCUUCGGUGACACAGAAGAUGUUGCUUAUUUUAAUCCACCUUCGGCAAAUAUUGCCAUUUUAUGUUCAUUCUUGCUUGGAUUUGGUGAUGCCUGCUACAACACCCAGAUAUAUUCAAUUCUGGGAGGUGUUUUUGCAAAAAAAUCUGCAGAAGCGUUUUCCAUAUUUAAGUUUACUCAGUCCAUCGCGUCGACUGUUAGCUUCGUAUACUCAUCACAUUUUGGACUUCGAACUCAGUUAGCUAUACUUUCUGUAUCUAGUAUAGCAGGAACCAUCUGUUUCUGUUUAGUCGAAUGGUCUAUAAAACGAUCUCGUGCAGUGGUGAGAAAUGAUACAGCUUACAAUCAAUGAACAGUAUGAGAUGAUGACGAUUAUAAUUAUUGUUACUUGAUGAAACUUUGAGUUUACACAUCAUUAAAGGCAAUUAAAGUUAAAAAAAAAACAACAUAAGUGAU